AUAUAAACCUCCCAAAAACCUUGAGCCAAAACCCUCGCCCCAAAACCGAUCACCCAUGGCGGCGGCGUCGGCAGCUGCUGCGGCGUGCCGCAGGGCCGUCUCCAGCACCCUCCGCGGCCCGCCGAUAGAGAGCCUGGCCGCGACGGCCGCGCGCGCCGCCGCCCCCACCGGCGACCAGUUCGUGGACCUCCUCGACGCCAACUUCAACAGGCCGGCCCCGCCGCCGCCCCCCAAGACGCGCACGGAGAACAACUCCCCGACGUUCGCCACCUCGGGCGACCCCUGCCUCGACUUCUUCUUCCACGUUGUCCCGGGCACCCCGGCCGGCACCGUGUCAUCGCUCCUCGCCAACGCCUGGGCCGCCGAGCCGACCACCGCGCUCCGCCUCGCCUGCAACCUCCGCGGCGUGCGCGGCACCGGCAAGGCCGACCGCGAGGGGUUCUACGCCGCCGCGCUCUGGAUGCACGGCUCCCACCCCGCCACGCUCGCCCUCAACGCGCGCCCCGUCGCCGAGUUCGGCUACCUCAAGGACCUCCCCGAGAUCCUCCACCGCAUCAUCCACGGCGGCGUCUCCACCAGGAAGCCGGGGAAGCAGGCCCGCCUCGCCGCCGAGGGAGGAGGGCUCGUCGCCCGCGCGCACGCCAUCCCCGCCUACGCUCGCUUCGCCCGUUUCCGAUCUCGUACGCGUACGCCGCGCCCCGGCCGGAGGAUUGAGGUGUCGGGGCUCGCGCGCCGCAACAAGAAGCGCACGAGGAGGGCGCGCAUUGCUGCCAGCCAGAGGCGUGAUCUGGAGGAGGCCGCCCAGGCCGCCGUCGCGCGCAGGAAGAAGCGCACGGACGCCGCGGCGACGGCCGUCCAGAGGUACACCCGCGACCAGAACUACCGCCUCCUGCACGACAUGACGGCGGAGGUGUUCGCCGACCUUCUCGCCGAGGACCUGAAGAAGCUCGCGGCAGGCAACAUGGAUCUCUCGCUGGCCGGGAAGUGGUGCCCGUCAGUCGACAGCUGCUACGACCGCUCCACGCUCAUCUGCGAGGCCAUCGCGCGCCGCCUCUUCCCCAAGGGCUCGGCCCGCGAUCUUCCCGAGGACUUGCCGGACGCGCACUACGCCUACCGCGUGCGCGAGCGCCUCCGCAAGGAGGCCUACGUGCCGCUCCGCCAUGCCCUGAAGCUCCCCGAGAUCUUCAUCUCGGCGGGCGAGUGGGCGAAAGUGGUGUACACGCGCGUGUCCUCCGUCGCCAUGAAGAACUACAAGGAGCACUUCGUCUACUACGACCAAGCGCGCUUCGCCCGCUACCUGGCCGACGUCGAGGCCGGCAAAGUGAAGAUAGCGGCGGGCGCGCUGCUGCCGCACGAGAUCCUGACGUCCGCCUACUUCGACCCCGAGGUCGCCAACCUGCAGUGGAAGCGCACGGUGGACGACCUGCUGGCGCUGGGCAAGCUCAACAACUGCCUCGCCGUGUGCGACGUGUCUGGCAGCAUGUCCGGCCUCCCAAUGGACGUCUGCGUCUCGCUGGGCCUCCUCCUCUCGGAGCUCUGCGACGAGCCGUGGCGCCACCGCGUCAUCACAUUCAGCAUGCGGCCGCAGCUGCACCACGUCGUCGGCGACACCCUCUGGGAGAAGGCCCAGUUCGUCCAGCGCAUGGAGUGGGCCAUGAACACCGACUUCCAGGCCGUGUUCGACCAGCUCCUCCACGUGGCCGUCGCGGGCAAGCUGCCCCCCGAGAGCAUGGUGAAGAAGGUGUUCGUGUUCAGCGACAUGGAGUUCGACCAGGCGUCGGCCAGGCCGUGGGAGACGGACUACGAGGCCAUCACGAGGAAGUACACCGAGGCCGGGUACGCCGACGCCAUACCGCAGAUCGUCUUCUGGAACCUGCGCGACUCGAGGUCCGUGCCGGUCACGUCGGAGCAGAAGGGGGUGGUGCUCGUCAGCGGCUUCUCCCAGAACAUGCUCAAGCUCUUCCUCGGCCCAGAGGAAGAAGAACAGAAGGUAGAAGAAGAAGAAGAACUACAAAAGGGAGAUGGGAAUUCGAAAGAAGAAGAAGAACAAGAAUUGAAGAAAGGAAAAGAAGUCGCCAUGACGCCGAGGUCCGUCAUGGAGAAGGCCAUCGCCGGGCCGCUGUACGAUAAGCUCGUCGUCUUCGACUGAUCGACUACAAGCCCCGGCCGUGCUCUCUGAAUAAUCAAUCGGGUGUGGUAGUUUUUGUUUUCUUCAGCGUAUUUCCUGCUCUCUGAACAAUUUGCGUCGAUUUUGCUUUCAAACCUAGCUAGUUUGUUAUCGAAUAAAUCCUGUUAUCGAAUAAAUCCUAUGUCAUGUCUCAUGGACAGGCGUUUGGAAAUGGACACGAAUCUCGUAAU